AUGUUGCUGCUGCAGCACCAACAACCAGAGCAAAAUCUGCAAAACGACACAGGAGAGAGUUCGGUUGACGGAGGUGAGGAGCAACGCCCGCAAUGUCUGCCGGAAGGAGAGGAGACGCCCAUUCCGGACGGAAUUUCAUCUUCUGCGGAGUAUGCGGUGGACUACACAAACGACCGAUUGGCACCUGUCGACAUGAACUACGCUCAAAACAACCUUAAAGUUCCAGAUGUUGGCCAUGCCGACACACUGGACACGGGUGGCAGUGCGGGAAUGCAGCCCGAAACAACCACGCAAAUUGCUCCAAUGAUUCUGCCGGACCUCGACAUCACUGACGAAGCUUAUGCCGAAAGCACCAGUACCAGCUAUGUCACCUCGAUCGCUUCGGAGAUCUCAAGAGGGAUCCUGGAGAACGAACGAUUGUACCCACAGUAUGGCCAGCACAGCUAUGGGAUGCCCAUCGAUGAAGCCGAAAUGGACCGAAUGGAUCUGCAGCACCGCAAGUAUGAGAUGGUCCUCGGUGACAGGCAUUUCCUGGCGCCUAUCGGCGACCAACCCCAGCGUAUUCUUGAUCUUGCCACGGGGACGGGUAUCUGGGCGCUCGACGUGGCCGAUAUGUACCCCUGCGCACAGGUCCUAGGAGUUGACAUUGCACCGAUCCAGCCCAAGUGGGUGGCCCCCAACUGCCAGUUUGAAAUCGACGACAUCGAGGACAGCUGGACCUACAGAAAAGAGAGUUUUGAUUUGAUUCACUUGCGGGAUCCCCUUUAUGUGGUCAGAGACUGGCCGAAACUGAUGCGACAGGCGUACGAGCACACCAAACCUGGGGGUUGGUGUGAGCUAGCUUCGGUCUACCCGCUCGCCAUGUGCGACGACGGAUCGAUGCCGGAAGAUUCAAUGUUCAAAUUCAUUUGUGAUCGGUUCAUCGAGGCCUCAUACGGAUUGGGAGCUCCUUUGGACUGCUGUCUUCGCUUUGCCGAGUAUCUUCGCAAUGCUGGCUAUGUGGAUGUGAUGCAGCACAUUUUCAAGGUGCCCUCUUCUCCCUGGCCCAAGGAUCGACGCAUGAAGAGGAUCGGGGCACUGGAGUUGACCAAUUUGGUUGCGGGAGCGUCAGCUUUUGGGCUGAGGGUCUUUUCUCAUGCCUAUGGCUGGACGCGUGAGGAGACGGAGCUGGCCAUGGUUGGGUUUCGACAAGAUGUCAAGAACCGCAACUACCAUCAAUAUGUGCAAUAG